AGGACAGGUACAAUAUUUUUGCGAUAUUUUUCAAAUGACAAUUUGCUCAACUAUUAAAGUGCAAACACUUUGCUCAUGUGAUUUUUGAAAUAUCACGCAAACAUUUACUUAUUUAUUAUGCUUUACAUAACCAAAUCUGCAUGCUAAGAAACCCAAAUCCUGGAACGUGACGUGACAUUUUUACUUCCCGUGCAGACGUGUACACUGCCAUACGUUUUGGUGAGAACAUCCUAAGAAUAGUCUAAGGAUAUUAAACAGCCAGCAGACUAUUUUGGAUAUAGAGCCAUUCAAAUGAAAAGCAUCUAAGACAUCAUUCAUUUAUAUAUCCACUUAGUUAUUCAUUUUCAGUAACUUUUUAUUCCAGGUCAGGGUUGUGGUGGAUCCAGAGCCUGUUCUAAGAACACCAGGAACACAUCCUAAAUGGGGAAAAAGAAGUGAAGUAGAAUGCUUAAAAACAAAUAUUUUUCGUUGCAUGACUCCAUGUUUGCAUUAAAUUACACUCCAUGUUAUUUUCACAAAAGUCAGUGAAAAAGUAAGAACCACCAGGAAAGGUUAAGCUGUUAAGUUGUAUGUGUAACGUGUCCACAAACUAUUCCAUGUCUUACUUUUGUUUGCUCAGCGUAAUUAUACACACCACGUAAACGCCCUGAAAAGUGUUUGCAUUGAAUUAGUGCCAAAAACAUAUUGACCAAGUGUGGUAUCAUGUGUCGCACUUUGACUCAGCUGCAUUAUGAUCCAGACACAUUUUUACUCCCAUGUGAAGGUUAGAUGCAUUUUAUCUGCUUCAGUAAAUGCUGAAAACUCUGCACAGCGUUUUUCUCUUUUGUUUAAAGCAAUAUUGAUAGAUAUUUGUGGCGGACAUUAGUUACACUGGUUCCGGUUCUGACAUUUGGCUUUUGGUGUUUUCUAAGAGAAUGGAAAGGAAACUUCCAGAAGAUCAGAUAAAAUCUGUGUUGGCUCAAUGGAGAUUUUCUUGGCAGUCAAGUGGAUUUAAGAACAGGCUUGUGACAGCGCUGGAACUUUAUGAACAUUUCCCAUUAGAUAUAGCUGUCACAGGAGGAACAAAGUUGGCGAAUGCAAGGCUUGCUUCUGCUGUCUGUGGAUUAAAAGAGAAACCAGAAGCAGAAGAAGAAGAAGAAGAAGAAGAAGAAGAAGAAGAAGGAGAAGAGGAUACUGAUGAAUAUGAAGAAAGUGAUGAGGAAGAGGAUGAAGAUGAGGAAGAUGAUGGAUCAAGCAUUAACCCGUCCGCUAAGGUCAGUGUUGAGAGAAACUCACUCAUGACAUUUACGUAUGACUUUGCAGAAGACAGUCCUGACUCUUCUCAAGUGCUCGUCCACCCUCAAAUCCCCAACGUCCGCAUUUUGACACUCGAGGGAAGUUCUAGUUCACUUCAAGACAGCUAUGAUGUACUGGUUGUCCUCACAACGGAGUUGCACCAGGAGGACCAUCUGCAGCUCACCAUGGAGCAAUGUGAGAAGAACAAGCCCUUGUAUCUGGUUAAAGCUGAACAAGAAAUGGAUAUUGUCCGUGAAAAGCUGUCUGGUCCCUGCAAGACCUGUGCAUGGGAACGAAUGAGAGCUCGCACUUUGGAGUUUCAGAAGAAACACAAGCUGGAAAUUGAAUCGGUGGAGAAUGCAAAGCACCAGAAGACUUCUCAAGGUCUUCCUUCUCUAGGUAUUAAGCUUUGGGAGCUGGAAGAGAUUGCUGAAGUUCUGGUGAAAGCUAUACCUGAACUGCGCAAGAAGGCUUUCAGUAGGUUUUUGGUGGAUCUUACAAGUGAACCUAGAAGCCCAAAGAGUAAUGGCACAGGAUCCCUGGCGAGAUCUGCUUUUAAAAACAGCAAGAUGAGCCACGAAGACCUAGGCAGAAUAUUUGUGUUCUUUCAAUCCCACGAUCUCACCGACCAACCCUCCAAACUGCUCUCCAUUUUCAGUGCCCUGGAGCACUUUCGACUGGAUGUAGGUCUUUUAGGGGAGACGGGUUGUGGCAGUUCCAGCCUAUUUAACUCCUUCCUAGGCCUGAAGAAUGGGGACAAGGGAGCUUCCGCUGUUGGGGUCUUUGAAACCACAAAGACGCCUGUGACAUAUCCGUACUCUGAACACCACAAUGUUCUUCUGUGGGACCUCCCAGGCUUGGACCGCAUAGAUGAUUUUAAAAUGGCAUCUUCUAACUUCACAUUACGCCAAGUUCCUCCAAUACCUCCCUGUGAUGUCUACAUCCUGGUCUCACCCCUGAGGCUUAAUCUGGGGUACAUCCAGCUGUUAAGGCAACUUUUGUCGCAGGGAAAAUCUUGCUAUCUCGUUCUGUCCAAGGCUGAUUUGAUUGAAGAGAAAUCAAUUGAAGAAGUAAGGAGAUGGUAUGAGGAGAUUCUGGAUAAGAUGGGUCUAAAACAGAACAUCUAUCUAGUCUCUGCACUCUAUCCAGAGACCCUGGAUUUGCCCAAAAUGAGAAAGACUUUUAAUGAUGCACUAGAAAGCCAUAAGAGGGUUGCUCUGGCUAAUUAUGUGGCAAAACUAUUGGAGCAAGAUGUGUUUUGGAAGAGGGCUGACCCUUGCAAAAUAAACUGAUAAAUAAACUGACCUUUACACUACUGUAUAAUUGAGGUCUUCAUCCAUCCAAGUAAUGGUGCUUCUUGGUGUUUAACUUGUUGCACGACUCUGCUGGAAUGUAUGAAUUCUAUUCAGGUAAACAGUUUGCUUGGGAGUGUGUGUGUGUGUGUAUUUGUAAUAGAACUUCAGAGGUGCCUAUCUAGCAUCUAUCUAUCUAGAAUUUAGCCCUAGUUUUAAAGAUUUUGACCUUUUGCCACAAUUUGAGAAACACCUGAAUCUGGUUGUUCUCAACAGAAAAGUGUUUUUCCAUUAUUAUCAAGUUUGAAUCCCAAAUCAGUGGCAUUCUUCCAUGGCCACAAGCCAAGGGAAAAUAGUUGGACAUGGUCUCUGGGAGGAUAGGAUGGUUUACCCUCUCUCUUCUUUGUGAAUCAGAGCAAUGCAAGUCAAUCUCAGGUGUCAUAAGAAGGUAAAAGGGAGGAAAGCACUGUCCUCUGGAGUGGGUUUUGCUGACCUGUGACACAGUUAUAAGCAGCAGUUUGAAAAGAUGCAUUUGGCGGAGUGUCUCAGAGGUAGCAGGUUACAUUUAGCUGUUUAAGUAUACUUUAUUUAUUUGAGUAUAAUUUAUUUACAAUUUCUGCAGGCCCUUAACCCUCAAUUGUAUAAACAAUGAGAUAAAUGUAAGUUGCUCUGGAUAAGGGUGUCUGCCAAAUUCCAUAAAUGUAAAGUUGAAUUCUGUUUUUUUCACUCUUCCUUGUAGGCAACGCUAGUAUCGUCUGUCAUUUAAUUUGGUUUAUAUUAAUUCUCUAAUUCUAAUGCUUUAUCAUUUCUGUAGUAAUGGUGUACUCAAAGUCUUUUAUGGUGGACACUUGACAUGAAUUAAUUUUUUUUUUUUUUUUUUUUAAAGUGUGAAAUUAAAGUUGUUAACUUUUUUUGGAAGAAGUCUUUAGUGCCAGUACUUUGUAAUAGUUAAUGUAAGCUGUAAGAUUCAGACAAGUUAUGUUGAGUCUUUUCUGUAUCCUGACAGGCAUUUCUUGUCAUAUUAUUAACUUUAAGAAAAAGAAAAAAGGCUGAUAAGGGUACAACUGCUUUAACUUAAUAGAUAUCAAGAACUAACUUGUCUCCCAGAUGUUCCAAAAUAUUAAAAGCAACAAUAAAUGGUUAACAUGUAGAUUGUGUCAUUUGUAAUAAAUAAAUUGAUACUGUUACUGGCAAAAUGUUGUGGGAUAAGAAGAAUAUAACACUUUCUGAAUUGCUGUUAUUGGAUACUAAUCAACCCUGACCCACUCCACUCUAUCACUGAUUAUUUUCCUUUAACAGCAGUCCUUCUGUUGUGUUUAUCUCUUUGUGUUAACUAAAGACCAGCUGUCUUCCACAGAAGCCACAUCUCUUUCCACUGAAGCCAUGUCUUUAUCAACA